CGAACCCGCCGAAGUGCCUUUACUCAAAUUCAAAAGAACAAAUUAAACCCAAUUGAAAUCAAGUAGAAAGGUAAGAUUUUAAUGAAUCAAAUGUGAAUCUCUUCACUAUUGGGAAAAAAUUCUUUACAUUUCUUCUAUAACUAUAUAAAGUUUUCAAAUUUGAUCAAUUUUCUCCUUUUCCAAUCUUCUUUUACACAGUCAUGUCUGCACAAACACCCAGUUCUCUAAUUCUUGGCAAUGGAAUACAUUAUGCAACCCCAAUUAUAUCCUCAACCAAAACAAAUGAAUUGAAGGUUGUACAAUGUGUUCUUAGAAUGAUGCAAGGUCUGUCAAGUUCACUUUUUUAUUGGGACAAAAUUGGGCAGAGUUUUUGUGUUGUUAAAAAUGGGAUCUUUGUCACUCACCUUUCUUAUACUAGUCUUAACAGCAUCCUUUCCCAGUUUAUAUAUUCUGCUACUUGUUUGCAACUUGUUCAAGUUUAUGUUAAUAGAUUGAAUAUGGAGACUAACAUGCCUACUUUGAGAGCUUUUGCUUCUUCUGUUUCUCAAUGGGUUAAGAGGUUGAGAGAUAUUGCUUUGAAGGAAGAAAUAAAGAUGUGUCGCUCCAAUGUUGGAAUUACUCCUACCCUAUUGGGAUUGUCAAGUUCCUUAUCAAGUCUUUGUUCAGGUGCUGAAUGUUUAUUGCAAAUAGUGCAAGGAUCCAUUCCUCAAGUGUAUUUUCAGCUUAGUUCCUCUAUUUCAGCUUCUGAAGUGUCUGUUCAUAUCCUGGAUUAUCUUUACAAGAAACUGGAUGAAGUGUGUCUUGUGCAAGGUGGUGAGGAGGAAGCAUAUCUGAUGAUACUUCAUAUUCUUGUUGGAAGUUUAUUACCAUACAUUGAGGGUCUAGAUUCCUGGCUUUUCAAAGGAACACUUGAUGAUCCUUUUGAGGAGAUGUACUUUUAUGCUGACAGAGGAAUCUCAGUUGAUGAAUGUGAGUUCUGGGAGAAGAGUUAUCAACUGCGACAAGUGCAAAUUCAGAAGUUUGAUGUGAAGGGAAAGUAUCAGAAUAAUAAGGGGCUUCAACUAUGCCCUUCGUUUAUUCAGAACAUCGCAAAGUCCAUUGUCUCUGCUGGAAAAUCAUUGCAGCUAAUCCGCCAUGUUCCUGUCUCACUAAUAUCUGGGAAAAAUAUUGACAGUGACGUUGAUGGUUUUGGAGGUUCACAGAAUGAUAACAAUUCAAGCAGCCAGCAACUGAGAAUAUCAGGGUUAACCUUAUCUGAGAUUUUCUGUGUAUCAGUAGCUGGUCUCAUUGGCCAAGGUGAUCACAUAUCUAGAAACCUCUUAAAAGAUGAUCCAUGUAAGUCUGAGAUUGUACAUUCUUUGGUGUCUGACAUUAUCAGGAAAAAGAUGGGGAAAGGAAAUGCUGAAAGCUGUCCAGCUUUUACAUGCUCGUUGAAUAUUAGUGAUAAGGUCCUGGACAAUACAUUGUCACAUGAAAAGGUGCUUGAUGUAAAAUCUACAAGUAUGGAUGGGAUGGUCUUUCCUGACACAGAAGAAGAGCUCAUAAGUGGACGUGUAAUGGAUGAAUUUCCCCUUCAAAGAUCGUUCUGUCCAGAAAAUCCAGUUAUUACUGUCUGCCAAACUUUACUUGAUGAGCAUAAAGGUUCCUGGAAAAUUUUGAACUUAUCUAAACAUUUUCAUCUACCCCCUCUAAAUGAUGAGGUCUUACGAGAGACUGUAUUUGGUUGUGAGAGUGAGGUGUCUUCUGCAGUCAACGGAACAGAUUAUACUUUUGGUUUUCAGUUUGGUAAAUCUGAAUACCUUUGUUUACAGGAUAGCACAAAGCUCUUAGAAGCUUUAUUUCCUUUUCCUACUCUUCUUCCUCCUUUUCAGCAGGAUGAUGUCUCUAUGUCAGAGCUGUUGCCUGUCCAGAAGAAUAGCACACUUGCAUCAAGUGUUCUUAGCUGGAUUCUGAGUAUUGAACCAAGAGCAAUGCCACUUCCACUGGUAAUUAUGCAGGAAUGCCUAACUGUCUACAUUAAGAAGCAGGUGGAUUAUAUUGGCCAUCUUAUAUUGUCAAAGUUGAUGAGAGAUUGGAGAUUGAUGGACGAGCUUGCAGUUUUGCGUGCCAUUUACUUGUUAGGUUCAGGUGAUCUACUGCAGCACUUUUUGACUGUGAUAUUUGGGAAACUGGACAAGGGAGAAACUUGGGAUGAUGAUUUUGAGCUAAAUUUGAUACUGCAGGAAUCCAUCAGGAACUCUGCUGAUAGCAUGCUGCUAAGUGCUCCAGAUUCAUUAUUUGUGUCCAUCACCAAAAGUCAGGGUUUUGAUGGCGAUGAGCUACCUAGUACACCAACCCUUACCUCGACACCUCGUCAGAGUCGUUCACAUAGCUUUGGAAUAGAUGGUCUUGAUUCUCUGAAAUUCACAUACAAGGUUUCCUGGCCGCUUGAACUUAUUUUUAAUGCAGAGGCAAUUAACAAGUAUAACCAGGUGAUGAGGUUUUUGUUAAAGGUCAAGCGAGCCAAAUUUGUAUUGGACAAAGUCCGGAGGUGGAUGUGGAAGGGUAGGGGCUUAAUGGCAAAUAUCCAUAAGCGUCACUGGUUAGUAGAGCAGAAACUACUUCACUUUGUGGAUGCCUUCCACCAGUAUGUAAUGGAUAGGGUGUAUCAUAGCGCAUGGCAUGAACUAUGUGAAGGUAUGGCAACAGCUGGAUCUCUGGAUGAAGUCAUUGAAGUACAUGAGGCCUACUUAUUGUCUAUUCAGCGGCAGUGCUUUGUGGUUCCAGAUAAGCUGUGGGCCUUGAUUGCAAGUCGAAUCAAUAGCAUUCUUGGAUUAGCUCUUGACUUCUACUCCAUACAGCAGACAUUAAGUAGUGGUGGAGCAACUUCUGCAAUGAAGGCCAGAUGUGAAAUGGAAGUCGAUAGGAUCGAGAAACGGUUCGAUGAUUGCAUCAGUUUUCUACUCAGAAUCUUGUCUUUUAAACUCAAUGUGGGGCACUUCCCUCACUUGGCUGAUCUGGUUACUAGAAUUAACUACAACUAUUUCUACAUGUCCGAUAGUGGAAACUUGAUGACUGCCACUAGCUCUGAGUCUGCUACUUCAAGACUGGGGAAAACCUUUGGAGCUAGCUAGAACAGACCAAUUGCCAGGAAAUUUGGGAUGAAGAUGUGCUUUUCGGAAGUAAAUUUUGCUAGAAUCUUGAAGUAAGGUCCUUGAAUCAGUUUGUAUACAUAUGAAUGCUACAGAAAUUAGUCAAGAGUACUGAAUCAGUAAAUUUGUCUAGUUCAAUGCUAAAAGGUGCAAAGCUGCAUUCAGUAAAGUCAUCAAAACUGCUUUACUGUAAAUCAGAUGAAGAUGGAUGGCAUGAGGCUUGAUGCAGAAAGAUUACAUCAGUGUAAAUUAGAUGAAGAUAGAUAUGUAUUGGUGUAUUGCUUGUGGUUCCGUUUCAUUCUCUUUUAUGUCAUGUUGUGUAUAUCAAUUUCUGGUGGUUGUACGUACUAAUUAAUUUAAGAUGUUAUUUUUUAGAAUUAAAA